AUGAAUUGUGUACGAGGUUGUUUGUUGGUAACAGUAUAUGUGAACGGUCCGAGAUACAUUUUUUGUACAUCACGCCAAUUAUUAUAAUAUAGGCAAUCGAAUAACGCAGCACUUUAUAGGGCAUUAAAUUAUUAAGGAUAUUGAAAUAGGCGAAAAUAGAUAAAAGUCGUCAGACUCUACGAAAUGUUUCGAAAUCAAUAUGACAGCGAUGUUACUGUUUGGAGCCCUCAAGGGCGUUUGCAUCAGGUGGAGUAUGCGAUGGAAGCUGUCAAAAUGGGAUCAGCCACAGUAGGUCUUAAAAAUAAAACACACGCAGUAAUUGUAGCUCUUAAAAGAGCGGCAUCCGAAUUGUCCUCCCACCAGAAAAAAAUAUUUCCCAUUGACAUACAUGUUGGAUUUGCCAUGUCUGGUCUGACCGCAGAUGCUAGAAUGCUGAGUCGAUAUAUGAGAACAGAAUGUUUGAAUUAUAAAUAUUCUCAUGACAAUACUUUGCCAGUGAGUCGUCUCAUCACAACCGUAGGAAAUAAAAUGCAAUCUUGCACUCAACGUUACGACAGAAGACCUUAUGGUGUUGGAUUAUUAGUUGCUGGCUAUGAUGAUCAAGGACCUCAUAUAUAUCAAACUUGUCCAUCUGCUAAUUACUACGAUUGUAAAGCAAUGGCGAUCGGUGCUAGAUCGCAAAGUGCAAGAACUUACUUAGAGAAGCAUCUUACUGAGUUUUCAAGCUGCGAUCUCGAUGAUCUCAUUAAACAUGGUUUAAGAGCAUUACGCGAUACACUGCCAAACGAAGCAGACUUAUCUACAAAGAAUGUCUCGAUUGGCGUUGUUGGAAAGGGCACGGAAUUUGAAAUUUUGAAGGAAUCUGCGAUGCAGGUGUACCUCUCUGAAAUUGAAGGCGAUGAUAAACGAGGCCGACCCGCUGAAGGUGAAGCAGAGUCCGAUGACAGGCCACCGCAAGAUCCUCCAUCCGAUCCAGGUCUUAGGGAUCCUGCGGUUGCCGUGGCUACAGAAGAAAGACCAUCUGCCAUGGACACUGAAUAAUCAAAGUAAUUUACCCUUUAUUUUUGCAAUUUCGGUUUUUCAACACUAUUAUAAAAUAAAAUAAAAUUUAAUACAAUGAA